AUGAAUUUGUCCGAGGAGAGAGAGGAUGAGGUCUUGACCUCUAAGGCUGAUCUGUCUGGACAUUUUGAAACAUGUCUGGACAUUGUGAGUCCGGUGAAGCAGGAAACACCAGUCUCACCUUUACCCAGCAGUGUGUCCAUGAAAACUGACCAGUCUAAAAUUGAACCUAUUGAGGAGGGAGGGCAGGUUGUUCAGCCAAGCCAGGUGAAUUGGGAGAGACCAGAUUCACCUGUACCCAGCUGUGUGUCCAUGAAAAGUGACCAGUCUAGACUUGAACCCAUUGCGUUCAAGGAUGGAGGGCACCAAGUGAGUCCGUGGAGACUAGACUCACCUGUACCCAGCUGUGUGUCCAUGAAAAGUGACCAGUCUAGACUUGAACCCAUUGCCUUCAAGGAUGGAUGGCAGAUUGUGGAGCCAAGCCAAUUGAGUCCAGAGAGACCAGGUUCACCUGUACCAAGCUGCGUGUCCAUGAAAAGUGAGCGGUCUAAAAGUGAACCCAUUGAAUUCAAGGAUGGAGGGCAGAUUGCUGAGCCAAGAAAGAGGUCAGAAGUUCUCAGUGCACGGCCUGCCUGGAAACAUCAAACAAACCUGGACUCCAUAUUCAUGCUGCUUGAAGCAAACAUCAUGACUUUUGUGAAGAACGAGCUGAGGAAGUUCAAGAAAGUUCUGAUUCAAGAAAGCUCAGAGAGGUUGAGAGCAGAUGAUGAAGUCAUGGGAGAUGAAGAAGAAGACCAGAGCAGCAGCAACAGCGAAGCCUUUCUGAAGAUCAUGGUGCAUUUCCUGAGGAAAAUGAAGCAGGAGCAGCUGGUUGACUCUCUGCAGAGCAGUAAGAUACCUUUGAGAACUAGCCAACAUAAACUACAUACUAACCUGAAAAAGAAGUUUCAGUGUUUGUUUGAAGGGACUGCCAAAGCAGGACACACAACUGUUCUGAAUCAGGCCUACACAGAGCUCUACAUCACAGAGGGAGACAGUAGAGGGGUCAAUGAUCAACAUGAGGUCAGAGAGAUAGAAGCAGUGUCUCGAAAACCAUCAAGUCCAGAAACAACAUUCAGAAGUGAGAAUAUGUUUAAACCCACACCUGGAAGAGAUGAACCAGUUAGGACGGUGAUGACAAAGGGAGUGGCUGGCAUUGGGAAAACAGUCUUAACACAGAAGUUCAUCCUGGAUUGGGCUGAUGACAAAGCCAACAAAAAUGUAGAGUUUAUCUUUCCAUUCACUUUCCGAGAGCUAAAUGUGCUGAAAGAGAGAAAGUUCAGCUUGGUGGGACUUCUACAUCACUUCUUUACUGAAACCAAAGAAGCAGGAAUCUGCAGGUUUGAAGACUUCCAGGUUGUCUUUAUCUUUGAUGGCCUGGAUGAGUGUCGACUUCCUUUGGACUUCCACAACAAUGAGAUUGUGGCUGAUGCUACAGAGUCCACCUCAGUGGAUGUGCUGCUUACAAACCUCAUCAGUGGGAAGCUUCUUCCCUCUGCUCGCCUCUGGAUAACCACACGACCUGCAGCAGCCAAUCAGAUCCCUCCUGAGUAUGUUGGCAUGGUGACAGAGGUCAGAGGGUUCAAUGAUCUGCAGAAAGAGAAUUACUUCAGGAAAAGAUUCAGAGAUGAGGAUCAGGCCAGCAGCAUCGUCUCCCACAUGGAGACAUCACGAAGCCUACACACCAUGUGCCGCAUCCCAGUCUUCUGCUGGAUUACUGCUACAGUUCUGGAGGAUGUGCUGAAAGUCACAGAGAGAGCAGAGCUGCCCAAAACCCUGACUGAGAUGUACAUCCACUUCUUGGUGGUUCAGACCAAGCAAGGAAAUGUAAAAUAUCACAGCAAAGCUUCAAAACAUUCAGUCUGGAACAAAAAGACCAAGAAGAUGAUUCACGCGUUGGGAAAACUGGCUUUUGUCCAACUUGAGAAAGGAAACCUGAUCUUCUAUGAAGAAGACCUUAAAGAGUGUGAUGUUGACAUAAAAGCCGCCUCAGUCUUCUCAGGACUAUUCACACAGUUCUUCAUUGAUGAACGUGGGCUGAACCAGGACAGGGCAUUCUGCUUUGUCCAUCUGAGUGUUCAGGAGUUUCUGGCAGCACUCUAUGUCCUUCAGACAUUCAUCAAUACUGGUGUCGAUCUACUGAAAAGAAGCUUAGCCUCUAAAUCCAAAUAUUUCUAUCAGAGGGCUGUUGACAAGGCUUUACAGAGUCCAAAUGGACACCUGGACCUGUUUGUCCGCUUCCUCCUGGGCCUUUCAGUGGAGACCAAUCAGAGUCUCCUACGAGGCCUGCUGAAAAAGACUGAAAGCAAAACAGAGGUCAAAGAGAUGCUAAUUCAGCACAUCAAGAUGAAGAUCAGGGACAAUCUCUCUCCAGAGAGAAGCAUCAAUCUCUUCCACUGUCUGAAUGAGUUGAACGACCAUUCUCUAGUGGAGGAGAUCCAAGAGUACAUGGGAUCAGGAAAUAUCUCUGAAAACAAACUGUCUCCUUCUCAGUGGUCAGCGCUCGUCUUCAUCUUACUGUCAUCACAAAAAGAUCUACAUGUGUUUGACCUGAAGAAAUUCUCUGCUUCAGAGGAGGGUCUUCUGAGGCUGCUGCCAGUGGUCAAAGCCUCUAAAACAUCCCUGCUGAGUGGCUGUAAACUCACAUGGAGAAGCUGUGAAGCUUUGGCCUCAGUUUUCACCUCCAAGAACUCUAAUCUGAGAGAGCUGGACCUGAGCAACAAUGACCUGGAGAACACAGGAGUAAAGCUGCUCUCAGCUGGACUAAGUAGUCCGAGCUGCAGAUUAGAGACACUUGGUGUAUCAGGCUGUCUGGUCACAGAGGAAGGCUGUGAUUCUCUGGCUGUAGCUCUGAGCUCCAACCCUUCCCAUCUGAGAAAGCUGGACCUGAGCUUCAAUCACCCAGGAGACACAGGAAUGAAGCUGCUGUCUGCUGGACUCAAUGACCCACGAUGGAAACUGGACACUCUCAACUUUGACAAUCACGGAAAGCAUCGGUUGAAACCAUCUCCAUCUAGGUAUGCUUGUGAGCUUUCACUGGACCCAAACACAGCUGACAGAAACCUCAUUCUGUCUGAAGACCACAAAGGAGUGAGAGUGGAAAAAGAGAAGCAGCCAUACCCCGAUCAUCAAGAGAGAUUUGAUGAGUGGAAACAGCUGCUGUGUACUGAUGGUCUGACUGGACGCUGUUACUGGGAGGUACGGUGGAAAGGAAGGGUUAAUAUAGGAGUGGCGUACCGAGGAAUCAAGAGGAGAGGAGACAGCGACAACUGCUGUUUCGGAUGGAAUGAUCAGUCCUGGAGUCUGUUCUGCUCUGACAAGGGUUACACUGCCUGGCACAAUAACACAGCAACAGACAUAUCUACAUAUCUGCUCUCUGACUCUAACAGAGUCGCAGUUUAUCUGGACUGGUCUGCAGGCACUCUGUCCUUCUACAGUCUUCCCUCCCAACUCUCUUCUAUCAAACAGGUCCAUCUCCACACCUUCCACUCCACAUUUACCGAACCCCUCUACCCUGCAUUUGGUUUUAUUCAGUUGCAGUCAGAAGUUUCACUAAAGUGCUGGUCCUACCUUGGCCGUCAGGGAGGACAACAGGAUGUCUCCCUGAGGAGAAACAGCUGUAUACGCACAAGCACGGUGCAGCACGAGGUUCUCCACGCUCUCGGCUUCCACCACGAGCAAGUCCGCUCUGACAGAGACAGAUACGUCAACAUCCUCACCCAGAACAUCAAGUCAGGACAGGAACACAACUUCAAGAAGGCGCGGACCAACAACCUGGGAACUCCCUAUGACUUCCAGUCCGUCAUGCAUUACAGCAAGUACGCCUUCUCCAAAAAUGGCCAACCCACCAUCGUUGCCAAGAGCAACCCGAACCUUAACUUCGGACGAGCCACUACGUUGAGCGCCAAUGACAUCGCCCGUGUCAACAAGCUGUACUGCUGA